AUGGAUAGUAUAGAUACAACUUCAACUUCAACUCCAACUCCGUCUUCCGCCGGUACUUUACCGUCCAUUUUGUGCGCUCUUGCAAUCAUUUUUGCUACAAUGUGUUUCAUUAACAGAACUGGCAAGGCCAUCAAGUUCUACGUUAAAGGUUUCGUGGCCCUCACUGUUAUAUUAUUCAGCGCUUCUUAUGGAAUGGUGGCUUCUAUUUUUCUUUCUAUGGUAGGUCGAACACAUUACGCUCAAUAUAGCGUGGCUAGGCUUUACUAUACGUUACUAAGUUUCCUCCUCGGUUUGAGGAUCGAUGUAGAUCGUCCCGAAAUCUUGUCCAAGCUUCCUGCUGUGUUGAUCUGCAAUCACCAGUCUGAAAUGGAUAUCUAUGUUUUGGGUAAGGUGUUUCCUCCAAACUGCACAGUGACAUCCAAAAAAUCCUUGAUGUAUGUUCCCAUCCUUGGCUGGUUCAUGUAUUUAUCUGGAACAUUCUUUUUGGAUAGGGCAAAUAGAGAAGAGUCCGUUCACACCCUGGAUUUAGCUUUGAAAGACCUCAAGGAGAGGGAAGGUGGCGUGUAUAUGUUUCCCGAGGGUACUAGAUCCUACUCUUCUACUCCUACAUUACUACCUUUCAAAAAAGGUGCCUUCCAUUUGGCCGUCCAGGGCCAAAUUCCUAUCAUUCCAUUGGUUGUUUCAAAUACCUCUAAUAUCUACUCGCUGAAGCUUCACAACUUUAAUAGAGGUACCAUCAAAGUCAGAGUCUUGGACCCAAUCCCUACAGUGGGACUAACUAAGGACGACGUUUCUAAGUUGUGUCAUGAUACAGAGGAGAAGAUGAGAGCAGCCGUUAUGGCCUUAGGAAUGAGCGAGGUUCGCGGAGAGCCCAAGAAGACGACGCAUUUGGUUGGUAACACCACAUAUGACGAAUCCGCACCGCUUUUAUCGAGUCAUAAGUAA